AUGGUAGAUAUUUUUAGUAGUGAUGAACGAAUGCCAGAUUAUACCUUUUAUCGAAACCUUUGGUGGGACAAGGGAGAACUUAGCGAAAAGGCAAAGUGGGAAGAAGUAACAUUACCAUAUGUUCCUGCUGAGGAGAUCGACAUUGAGGAAUAUGAAAGACGUACAGAAAACUUUAAUAUAUACGGAUGUUGGGAGUGGGUAGAAGGAAAGAUCGUAAUUUAUGAAUUUUCUUCUAUGCCACACGAAGUUGGGACGCGUGAUAGAAACCGUGGAAAAGGAACCGAUGCUUCGUUUCGACCAAAAAAGCCAGCUGUAACUGCGCCAAAUGGGAGAUCUUCCUUGGCCAAAUUUGGUUGUGGAAGUAACCUAUGCCGAAACAUUGGAUCAAAGAAGCGUUGCGCUACUGGUUAA